AUGCAAAACCUCUCCCGCAGAUUCUCAACUCUCCAAGUUCCCAAGCUUUCAACCCCACCGCCGCAACCCAUCAGACCUUUGUUUCAAUACUCGAAGAUUCAGCAUUGCCGGAAAAUCCUUGAGCACAGAAUCAUCACCGUUCUGGAUGUAUGCACCACCCUCACCCAAGCCCAGCAGGUCCACGCUCACGUCAUCGCCAAUGGGCUCAGCCAGUACAGCUACGUCAUCACCAAGCUCAUCCGCACGCUCACCAAGCUCGGCGUCCCAAUGGGGACCUACCCGGAGCUCGUUUUCCGCCGCGUGACGCGCCCCAACCCGUUUCUGUGGGCGGCUAUGAUCAGAGGAUGUGUGAUUGAAGGACAGGUUUCGGAAGCAGUGAGGUUUUAUGGUUUGAUGAGGAGGGAGGGCACGGGUCCGGUUUCGUUCACCUUCUCGUCGUUGUUUAAAGGCUGCGGGAGCGUUGGGGAUGUGAGUUUGGGGCGGCAGGUGCAUGCGCAGACGGUUGUGAUCGGUGGGUUUGCGGCGGAUUUGUACGUGGGGAACACUAUGAUUGAUAUGUACUUGAAAUGUGGGGAGUUGGGUUGUGGGCGGAAGGUGUUUGAUGAAAUGCCUGAGAGAGAUGUGGUGUCGUGGACCGAGCUGAUUGCGGUGUAUGCCAAGAGUGGGGAUAUGGGGUCGGCCAGGGAGUUGUUUGAGGAGUUGAGUUUGAAAGAUAUGGUGGCGUGGACGGCCAUGGUUACGGGGUAUGCGCAGAAUUUGAUGCCGAGAGAGGCGUUGGAUUGCUUUGAGAGAAUGCGGGGCGCUGGUGUGGGGAUUGAUGAGGUUACUUUGCUCGGGGUUGUUUCGGCUUGUGCGCAGUUGGGUGCGUGUAGGUAUGCAAAUUGGGUGAGAGGCAUUGCUGGGGAAUCUGGUUUCGGCCCUGCUGAGAAUGUGCUUGUGGGAUCUGCGUUGAUAGAUAUGUACGCAAAGUGUGGGAGCUUGGAUGAUGCGUACGAUAUUUUCCGAGGAAUGAAGCAGAGGAAUGUGUUUUCGUAUAGCUCAAUGAUUUGGGGAUUUGCAGUGCAUGGAAAUGCCAAUGCGGCAAUCGAGUUGUUUCAUGAGAUGCUGACAACUGAUGUUAUAAGGCCGAACCGUGUUACUUUUAUAGGGGUGCUAACUGCCUGCAGCCAUGCGGGGAUGGUUGAUCAAGGUCGGCAGUUGUUUGCAACCAUGGAGAAGUAUUACAAUGUCACUCCAUCAGCUGAACAUUACACUUGUAUGGUAGACUUGCUUGGUCGAGCUGGUCGCUUGGAAGAAGCUCUCGAGCUAGCUGAGACGAUGCCAAUAGUCGCGCAUGGAGGUGUGUGGGGAGCGCUACUUGGUGCGUGUCGUAUCCAUAAAAACCCCGGCAUUGCUCAAAUUGCUGCAAGUCAUCUAUUUGAGCUUGAACCUAAAAAUAUCGGAAACUACGUGAUGCUCUCCAACAUAUAUGCAUCAGCAGGAAGGUGGGGUGAUGUUUCAAGUGUUAGGAAGCUGAUGAGAGAGAAGGGUCUGAAAAAGAACCCUGCAUAUAGCUGGGUUGAAACAAAGAAUGGAGGUGUCGAAAAGUUUAGUGCAGGUGAUACACGUCACCCCGAUUACGAAGAUAUCAAAAAGGCAUUGGAGGAUCUUCUAAACAGAUUACAGGAUCAUGGUUAUAGGCCAAACCUGAAUUCGGUGGAUUAUGAUGUGGGGGAUGAAGAAAAGAUGCGUAUAUUGAUGGCUCAUAGCGAGAAACUGGCGUUGGCAUACGCAUUGCUCAAUGCAGACACUGGUCCCACCAUUAAGAUCAUCAAGAACAUAAGAAUUUGUGAAGAUUGUCAUGGCUUCAUGUGUGGCGCAUCACAGGUUACAGGAAGGCAUAUUAUUGUGAGAGAUAACAUGAGAUUCCACCACUUCGAAAAUGGGAAAUGUAAUUGCGGCAAUUUUUGGUGA